AUGGCGUCCUUGGUGCCACAGAAGCCUUCGACACCACCUCCGUCUUGCAAGGCGCCACGUCGGCGCAUGGUGAUCGGCGCGAUCGCCCCUGCCUCGCCACAGCAGUGCAGAACCAGAUCCAAGUCCAGUCCAGCCGUUCUGGUGGAAUUUCCAGAGCGUGCGACGAGCCCAUGCAGCAGCAUCCUGUCACAUGCCAUGUCGGACUUGCAAGCACGCAGGGUACAGUUCGAGGAAGCCCCCGAGAUCAUCUUGUUUCUGAGUGCUGACGAGGGCAGUGACACGGUGCUGUCUGUGGUUGUAGAGGAUGAGCCAGAAGCGAGCCAGCCAAGCUCCCCGAGAACAGCGCUGCCACAGACGGACGAGACGGCGUUGGCAGUGCCAGCGGUACCACCGGCUCCCCAUGACUUGUGCGAAGGAGGUCUGGCGGAACUUGCUGCAGAGAGGCGGGCCGCCAUGCUCCGAAAGCUCUUCCCAGACACCAUGGUGCCGUCAAGCGUGCGUGAGUGA